UGAUCCCACUGAGUGGGGCGUUCAUCCCUGAACACCUUCCUGAAACAGCAGCAGGUGAGAAUUGUUCUGUUCUCUCAUGUCCUGUAGCGGAUUGGAACUAAUAUCUGUCAGAAAACUGUGUUCGCCUUCUGAGAGUAUUGUCUGUAGCAGCAAAAGCAAAUGAAAAUUAUCCAGCAAAAAACCUGCACUAGUAGAAUGUUUCUACAAAAGUCUGAACUUACAAUAAUUGAUCUUCUGCUGCAAAGAACAAGCUUAAGUACAUAUUUAUCAUGCGAUUUUUGAAACUCCCAUGAUAAUUGCAGAUAUGUUUUACAGCAAAAUUUUCCUUCCGAAAGGUCAUCUGGAUUUUACGCGAGCAACAUAAAAAGAACUUCUAUUUUCGCAUUGAUAAUUUGUGUACAAACUAAUUUCUCCAAUUAAGAAGAACAGAAAUGCAGAUUAAAUUUAGCGCGUACUAUACAUCUCUUCAUUUCUGAAAUGCUGUCUCUGAACUUACUGAACUUGAAAUUGUUUAUUAAUAUGUGCGGUACACAAAAUUUACUUCCGAAACGGCUUACUAUUACUUCCAACUGAAAAAUAACUUUUUAAAACUGGAAAAAUUACAUUUGCAGCAUUAAGUUUGGAUUUGAAAUAAUGGUGAUUUAAUCACUUACGACAUCAACAUGAGUACGCAAAUCAGAAAAAUAAGUCUUGUGAGAAUACAUUGAUAUAAAUAUUCUAUCAAUUUGUACUGUAUUACAAGUUUGUCAGUCACAUGCAUCAAAGAAAUGAGAUGGUUUUGAACUGGUUGACGCUUUUAACUUUACAAGCAUUCCUUGUCAUAUCGAAGGUUUGCGCACAAAACAACAACAGCCUUCCCGUGGAGCCCACAGAUUGUCAGUUGAAGAUCUACGGGUGCACGAAACUCGUCAGACCCAUGCUCAAUGACGUUACUUAUAUGUUUCCAACGACAUUAAAUGAUGUUGAUACAAUGUGCAAAAUGUGGAGUCGUUUUGUAGACUGUGUAAGGAGAUAUAUGUCAUCUUGUUCCACUGAAGAACAAAGAUCAAAAUUCAACAAAGCGGUCAGUCAUUCUAUGGACACAGUCCACGCCAUUUGCAGUUCGGAUCGGCACCAAAGAGAUUAUCUAGAAAGUGCCCAUUGCUUUCGUCGUGUCUCAGUGCAGAGCUGUGGACGAUAUUAUCGUCCUCUUGUGGCACAAGUGGUCAACCGAGCAGCUGAAGAUACACACAUUUGUUGUGCAUAUGGACAAUUCAAGGGGUGCGUUAGUGCUCCAUUAUUAAGAAACUGCGGCCUCAAAGUCCAUGCUUUGUUGGAUCAUUCUUUGUCUUACCUUGUGAGCAUAUGCAGUAAUACCUUUUACCCAUUAUCUUACAAAUGUCCGACAGCUCCACCUCUGCCACCCAUGAUGUCUCUAAGAACAACAACACCUCUGCUCGCUCCUUCUUCCACAUCAGAACUUCCUUCGACAUCCACCGAUGUAUCCACAGAUACUGUGAGCCGCGCAAGAACAAUCAUUUUCAGUCUACCACCAACGCAAGGAAGUAGAGUUUCAGCUGCCAGCACUGGAACAGGCAGCUUGUUAAUUGUGCUACGGUUGAUAGCAGCAAUCUGGGUCUGGAUUUUCAUUCUCAGUUCGUGAUGAAUCAUCCAUCUCCAUAAGUCUACUGUUUUAUACCCAAAUUCUGGAAACUUAAACACUAAUUGAUCAAAUUUGCGAAUCCUCAAUUCGAGUUUACAUCAGAUAUGAAGUUGGAGCUUUUUCGCAGCACGAAUAUUAGUAAAAGAAUUUUACUUAAAAAGUUAAAAACGUGUUGUUCUCAACAACUGAUUUCGUGAGGAAUUCCGUUAAAAUAAACAGUUUUAUUUCUGUGACAAAAUGAGUGAUCACAUUUUUGAAUAACAGAGUUUCAUCCAACACUCUAAUUUUUCUAAUACUGCAUGGUGCGGAAAAGCAUAUGAGUUGCAUAGUUGCAUAGUACAUUUGCGCACUGAGAAACAAUAACAUUCAGAUUAAAAAGAUCUACUGUUAACAUAAUUUGAACAUUUGCGCAAUGCAUAAAUAAAUUAUUCUGUACAGUUUGGGAGGUGUUUGACUAAUCAAAUAUAAUUUACUAAACCUUUUCCACCAUUUUGUAUCCAACAACGUUGAUCAAAUCGAGAAUGAAUGUAAACUGUAGUCCUGCGAUCGACUCAUCCGAAGUUCGAAAAAUUAAAAAAAAAAAAAAAAUUAUGUGUAUAGCAUCACGGAUAUUACAGCGUUGCUGCAAAGGCGUGCUAUUUAAGAACGUUGGUUUUAUAUCUGAAGAAACAUUGGAGUCAUUAUCAGCUGAAAAAAUGCGAUUCUUCACCUUUUUCAGUUUCACAGGAUGUGUUGAAAUAUGCUGAGGUAUAUUUAGCACAUACAUUUCUGUAUAAGGCUUUUGCAAAGAAAAACUAAAUGAAUUUAUAUAUCUUAAGUCCUAUGAUAUGGUUACAUAUGAUUUGGUUGUGAAAGCAAAAGAGAGUUAUAAUUAUUUAUAAUUUUCCUGAAAGAGCAUGAAUUUCCUGACGAUGCUUUUUAGCAAAGUUUAGAGAGCUAAAGUAUAAUAAAUAAUAAUAAAUCCCAGGUCUCUAUAAGCAAGUUCAAGCAUAUGAAUACAAUUUAUCUUGCGAUUUUAAGUUUUCUUAAUAAGCUCAACAAAAUUUGCGAUUUAAUAAACAAUAGCUUAACUACCAAAAUUUGCACAUUCUGAAGAUUUUCAUAUUUAUUGCUUUAAAUUCACAACUUUAUUCAUGUGUUUUCCUUAUUAAAAUUCCUGUUUUUUUCCUAACAUUUCUCACCAAUUCUAAUUAACUGUAAUACCAGUGUUUAAAGGACUUCGAGUAUACUUGGAAAUAAAGGAACGGCAUUUACGUAUUACCACGUCGACCAUGAAAGCUAGAAACUUACGUCGAAAGUUAGCACAGAUCCCAUAAAAUUUGCGCCCAUCGUUCCUGCGGAAUUCUGAAGGAAUAGACUUCUCUUUAUUUAAUAAACGUUAGACCUGCUUUGUUCUGCGCUUCGUAAAAAGGCUUUCGUCUAUUUCUCCUAUUUUGUUAGGCUCUCUGAUUAAAUCGGGAGCUCUGUUUAGAACGCUAUAAGUACAAACUUCCUACACGUACUGUGGGUAAAAAAAGUAUUUGCACACCUACAUUUUUGUUCGCAAUUCAUAAAAAGAAGCAUUGAGAAAUAAAAAAAUUGUAUUGCCAAAUCAGAAUAAGU